AUGAGAGCUAGUCCAUCAGUAAUGAAUUCUGUUAAAUAUUUUGAAUUUCUACCUUCUUCAUUGAAAACUUUUUUUAAUAAAUAUCCACCAUCAAUAAAAUAUGCUACUAAACCAGUAUCAACAUACGAUGUUGUAGCUAAUCCAUUUUUGCCUAACAAACAUCCAGUAACUGGUCGUUAUCACGAACCUAAAUACUCCAAAAGACGUAUGAGUGAUCUUUAUAAAAUGGCACACAGUUAUGGUAUUCAAGAAUUUUUACCACCAAUGAAUAAGAAGUUCUUUGAAGAAAAAUACGAUAAGAAGACAUUCAUGAGAGGUGUGCUUACACCUAAGGGUCAUAAACAUGAAUUUGCUCGUCAAUCUAAAUUGGCCAAGAUGGAGGUAGCCAUUAAGAAUGCUGAUAAAUAUAUUUUAGAUGUUAAAGGUAGAAAGUAUGCCAAAAAGCUAGAAGAAAAGAAGAAAUAUGAUAAGGUCACUUGGUUCUGA